AUGGGAGUGCUAAGGUUCAAGAACAUCUUUUUCAGGCACUUUGUUGGGUCCAGUGGAGUAUCCCAGACAGUGUUCACCUUCCUUCUGAUUCCAUGUUGCUUGGCUCUGGAUUUCAGAGCACCCCCUCUUAUCCCAGAUGUGCCUUUCCUCUGGGCCUGGAAUGCCCCAACUGAGCUUUGUAUUGCAGGGGUUGAUGGGCCACUAGAUCUGAGCCUCUUCUCUUUAGUAGGAAGCCCCCGAGAAAAUAUCACAGGACAAAAUAUUACAAUAUUUUAUGUUGAUAGGCUUGGAUACUAUCCUUAUUUAGAUAUGACAGGCAGACCUAUGAAUGGAGGAAUUCCCCAGAAGGCAUCCUUACAAAAGCAUCUGGACAAAGCCAAGAAAGACAUUGUCUAUUACAUGCCAACAGAUGAUACGGGGUUGGCUGUCAUUGACUGGAAAGAAUGGAGGCCCACUUGGGCAAGAAACUGGAAACCUAAACAUGUUUACAGGAAUCAGUCUAUUGAGUUGGUCCUGCAACAAAAUACACAGCUUAAUGACACAGAGGCUACCAACAUAGCCACGGUUGAAUUUGAAAAAGCAGCAAAGGAUUUCAUGCAAGAGACUUUAAAACUGGGAAAAUUACUUCGGCCACAUCGCUUAUGGGGUUAUUAUCUUUUCCCUGAUUGUUACAACUAUAAUUAUAAUCAACGCAGUUUCACUGGAAGUUGCUUUGAUAUAGAGAAAAGAAGAAAUGAUAAUCUUGACUGGUUGUGGAACGAAAGCACUGCCCUUUUCCCAUCUAUUUAUUUGAGUACCAGUCUGUCUCCUCCACAAGUUGUGCUCUAUGUACGUAAUCGAAUUUAUGAAGCCGUUAGGAUUUCCAAAUAUCCUGAUAUUGGAAAGCCACUUCCAGUUUUUGUAUAUGCUCGCCCAGUUUUUACUGAUCUAGUUUUGAAAUACCUUUCUCAGGAUGACCUUGUGAAUACACUUGGUGAAAGUAUUGCUCUGGGUGCCUCUGGAGUUGUAAUAUGGGGAGGCCUUAGUUUACUGCGAAGUGUGAAAUCUUGCUCGGACCUAGAUGAUUACAUGCGGACUACACUAAAUCCUUACAUAAUCAACAUUACCCUAGCAGCAAAAAUGUGCAGCCAAGUGCUUUGCCAGGAGCAAGGUGUGUGUACAAGGAAAGACUGGAAUUCAAGUGACUAUCUUCAUCUGAACUCAGCGAAUAUUGCUAUUCAAAUUGGGAAGGAGGGAAAGUACUUAAUAAUUGGAAAACCCACACUUGACGACCUGCAGCAAUUUUCAGAAAAAUUUCGUUGCACCUGUUAUAGCAACAUGACUUGUAAGGAGAGAGAUGAUGUACAGAAUGUUCGUGCUAUUAACGUGUGUAUUGCUGAAGGUCUUUGUAUAGAUGCCUUUUUAAACUUAGAACCCAGUGUUCAUCCUUACGGCUGGAAUGAGGAACAUUAUUUCAUUUCCCACGAUGUCUCAUCCUUCACACCAUCUGUCACAGUGGUCUUUGUUAACAUUUUGUUUCUCUCUAUAAGUUCUGCUGUGAAUUUGUAA